AUGCUCGACGCCAGGUCCUACCCAUUGCUGGUCGGCCUGAUCGUGCUGGUCUGGUUCUCCCGGCCGGCCCACGCCUUCGGAGCUGGCAACAUCGCCGGCAUCUCCAAGAUCGAGGGCCAGAACUGGCGCCACGGCGACAUUGAAGAUGCGCUCCUCACGCUCGCGAUGGCCCGCUCCAUGAACGGCAAGAAGUUCACCAAGAUGAUGGUCUCCCGUGUCUACUUCGGCAACUGGCUGAGAGACUACUCCCAAGCAAUUGACGUCGGUACCGUCAAGUCCGUCUCCGCCGAGGCCAUCCGCCUGCUCCUCUGCGUCCUAGGAUUCCUCAGCUUCGGCUACGGAUCCAGGGAGUUCGAGGUCACGGCCGACAGACUGGGCUGCUACCGCCCCGAGGACCACAUCGACAACCCCAAGAACUACGCCGACAACAUCGAUGCCCGCCAGUACGACCGUCGCCUUAGAGGCCCCGUUGACGAGGGUGUUGAGCUUGGCAUCGACGAGCGCACCGGUAUGAAGAACUACAUUGCGAACGAGCAGGCCGGCAUCAUGACCUCUGCCGCUCACGUCCGCAAGCUCUUCGCCACCUGCAUCGAGCUCGCCCGAGGAUACGGUCGCAACAAGAACGAGGCCGAUCUCUACGAGGCGAUGCGCCUGAUGGGUACCGGUCUGCACUGCUUGGAAGACUUCUUCGCGCACAGCAACUACACCGAGCUGGCCCUCAUCGAGAUGGGCGAACGCGACACAUUCCCCCACGUCGGCAGAGACACCCGCAUUAGACUUGAGGGCGCUAGAGACGAGGUCUAUCCGAUUGUCACUGGCACUUUCGGUGGUGUUGACUUCCUGCACUCCGUUACUGGCGAGGUCUCUGACAAGCUCACUCAAAAUGAGAUUGAGGAGCUCGAGGGCACCCUUCAGGAGAGCAAGAACAACGACACCAGCAUCCUGCGCAACUUGCUGGACAUGAUUCCCGAUGGUAUCUUUGGCGGUAAGCACCAGAGCAACCGGGUGGAUGAGCUCCAGAGCAGCGCUGCCGAGUCGCAGCUCCAGAACAUGCAGGUCUCUCCCAGAGACCCUGAGGAGUUCACUCAGUACAUCCAGAACGUUUUCAAGCAGAUCAUGCCUGCCAUUCAGUUCCACGACGAGAUUCUGCAGGGCAUCAGCGAGGCCAUUGAGAAGAUUCCCGUCCUGCCCAAGAUUCUGGAGCAGCUUGAGGAGCAGCUCUCCAAGUUUGUCUUCUCUCUCAUUGCCCCCUUCAUCAUCCCUGUCAUCAACCAGAUCCGCAACGAGCUGCGCACUGGUUCUGCCGAGAUUAUCGAGAGCAGUGAGAAGGAGCAGCACGUCGUCUUCGAUGAUGACUGCAGCACCGACCCCACUCACUCUAUGCUGUCCAAGGACCACUUUACCAACAUUCUGAACGAGAUUGCUGGCCGCUGCGCUGCUCUGACUGUGCAGUGGGUUGUGCCUCAGCUGAUGGAGGCCAUUGAUGAUGAGGGUGUUGAUGUUAACCGCACCAUCAACCGCAUCAUCUUCGGCGUCAUGCACCACCCCGCUCAGCGCGAUAUGGGCGAGGAUGGCGCGACAGAGGGACGUCAGAAGAUCUUCCGCUUCGUUGAGGAGUGGUGGAACAACAUGGAUAGAAACCAGCAGGAUGACUACCGCCGCAAACUGAGCCGUGAGGGCGUUCAGCGGGGAGAGAACCACAAGGAGGGCGAGCACGACACUGGCCACGGCCACGGCUGCAGUGGAAAGCUUCACAUGCGCAAGCAGUUCGGCGAGCCCAAGAACUGGGAGGACAAGGUUGCCGACCAGGCUGCCGGCGCCCUUCUUGAGGGUGCUUCUGGCGCCAUUGCCGGCCUGGUGCAGCAGCAAGCUGGCGUUAAGAUCCCCCAAUACAAGCACCAGCAGGAGGAAGAGGAGUCCAGUGGUGGUGGAGGUGCUGGCGGACUCAUCGGCUCUAUCCUUGGCGGUGUUUUCAAGAAGGACGAGACCGAGUCUCGCCACAGCAGCCGUCGCGACGACGAGGGUAACUACACGCAGACUCAGACUGAGUAUGGCCACCAUGGCAACAAGUACGGCCAGGCUGAGUAUAAGGAGACUCAGUACUCUGGCGGUGGAGGCCGCUCCGAGUACCGUCGCUACGAGCAGGAGGACACCCAAGGCGGACGUCAGGCCAGCGGCUACGAGUACCAAGAGACCACAGAGACUAGACCUUCCUAUGGCGGUGGAUACGAGCAGCGCACCGAGACUCACCGCUAUGAGGGCAGCACCGGCGGUGGCUACGGCGGUGGAAACCGACGCGACGAGGACGAGGGAGGCUACGGCGGCCGUCGUCAUGAUGAGGGCGGAUACGGAGGCGGUCGACGCGACGACGAGGGUGGCUACGGGGGUGGCCGUCGCCACGAGGAAAGCAGCUACGGUCGUCAGGAGGAGAGCUACGGUGGAGGUGGAGGCUACGGGGGUGGUCGCCGCGAGGAUGAAGGUGGCUACGGCGGUGGUCGUCGCCAUGACGAGGGCGGCUACGGUGGUGGUGGCGGCGGCGGUUACGGUCGUCAGGAAGAGAGCUACGGCAGCGGCGGCGGUGGUGGCUACGGAGGCCGCCGCGAUGAUGAGGGCGGUUACGGACGCCAAGAAGGCGGCUACGGUGGUCGUCAGGAGGGUGGCUAUGGCGGCCGGGAGGAGCACCACGGCCGACGCCGUGAUGAAGACGACGAUGAGCGUCGUGAGGGCGGCGGUGGCUUCGGCGAGUUCAUCGGCAAGGUUGCCGAGAGCUUCGGCGACAACAACAACAACCGCAGAUGGUAG